AUGUCGUACAGGGGCGAGAUUGUGCCUGUGGUCAAGUAUAUGAUUAAUGAACACGUUACAUUGCUUGACAAUACAAACCUUAAAACUGAAGAAGAGACCAAAGAAUAUUUCCACACGAAAUAUAUAGGACUGUUCGCUCUAUCUGUGGUGAUCUGGACGACCAUCUUUCAGGCUGAGUCUGUGCAGCAUCUACAGACGGCUGACAACUUUGUAAAACCAUUUUUUGUUAUGUGUUUCUGCCAUGCUGCACCGGUUUUAUUGCUGCCCAUCAUCCUUAUCUACUAUCGCAUCUGGGGUACAUUGGAAGAUCGCCAGGCUGGUUUUGACGCUGUGAGUGUGUUACAGCGUCAUUCGAUCGUCCCGUUGAAUAAACUCGUGCGAUUAUCCGCGUUGCUUGGUGUUUUCUACCUCAUUGCCGAUUACUUUUGGUUUUCAUCGCUUCAAAGCUUGUCAGUCGCUGCGGGGGCGGCCAUUUUCAAUAGUUCACCCCUCUUUGUGUAUUGUUUCUCGAUCUGCUUAUUGAAUGAGAAAUUCGCCGUGAAAAAAGGGCUUGGUGUCUUAUUGGCUUUUAUUGGAGUGAUGAUGGUUGUUCUUUAUCAAGGCGAUGACAGUGCUGAAAUUAAAAAUUCUACCGUUGGAGGAUUGAUGAUGCUGACGUCGGCAGUACUUAACGCGGGUUACACAGUAACCGUGGCUCUCACUGCUGGUGCAGAAAUGAAUGACACGUCGACUCUUAUGAUCAUGAUGGGCAUGAGCGGGGUAUUCACAAUCCCAGCUUGGUUAAUUGGCACAAUUUUCUUUGCGUACAGUCCGUUUCAAUCUCUCUAUGAGCCGAUUGGGUUCCCACCUACAACAAACGGAAAUCUUAUGCUCGCAUCUGCAAUUGUCAUGUUCGCAACCAAUUUCGUAUUUUUUACGUUUGCUGUGUGCUGGACGUCUCCCCUCGAGACCAGUGUUGGAUUUAUGCUCACUAUUCCCCUGUCGGGACUCAUGGACACGUUAAUGCACAACACAAAUUUUUCAUGGGAAUGCAUUGUCGGUUCAGCUUUGGUCAUGGCAGGAUUUUUUAUGCUAGAAAUUAGCGCCACCCAUCCACCUCAUGAAGAAUCAACUAAAGAAACUCAGUGUGUCGAAGAAAGUCUAGUUCGUGUGAUUUUUUUACAGGUCAACCCGUGCCAUCUUGAUUAUUGUUAUCGAGGAUUGCAUACUCGCUUCUAA